UCCCAUUUCAUUCAAAUUCCGAUAAUCCCAAUUUUCUCUCUCCUCCAAUCACACCGAUCAACAAUGUCAGGCUACCCCCACAACCCACCCAACUACGGCUACGGCCAACCCUACGGUGCACCACCACCUAACCAACCUCAACCUUACGGCGCACCACCACCCAACCAACCCCAACCCUACGGCUCAACCCAUUCUCACCCACCUCCUCAAACCGCUCAUCCCUACGCCGCACCAUCCUCCUACGGCUCCACCCCUUCGGCCCCACCUUCUUAUGGGUCUAAACCCGAUAAGCCCCCUAAAGAUAACCACCCUUCAUCUUAUGGGGCCCCUCCUCCUUCAUCUUACGGGCCUCCUCAACCUUCAUAUGGGCCGCCGGGUCAUGGGUCGGCUUAUCCGCCUCCUCCGGGUCAUGGGUCCAGCCCAUUUGCGUCGCUGCUACCGUCGACUUUUCCUCCGGGUACUGACCCGAAUGUGGUGGCGUGUUUUCAGGUUGCUGAUCAAGAUGGUAGUGGGUUGAUUGAUGAUAAGGAGCUUCAGAGGGCUUUGUCUUCUUAUAAUCAGAGUUUUAGUCUUCGUACUGUUCAUCUUCUUAUGUACCUCUUCACUAGCUCCGAUUCUCGCAAAAUUGGUCCUAAGGAGUUUAUUACCCUGUUCUACAGUCUGCAGUCUUGGAGGGAAAUAUUUGAGAGAUAUGAUAGAGACAGAAGUGGCAAGGUAGAUGCUUCAGAGCUGCGUGAUGCGUUAUAUGGUCUUGGAUUUUCUGUCUCCCCUGUAAUCUUGGACUUGCUUGUCUCUAAGUUUGAUAAGACUGGGGGAAAGAGCAAGGCCAUCGAAUAUGAUAACUUCAUCGAAUGCUGCCUCACCGUGAAGGGUCUAACAGAGAAGUUCAAGGAGAAAGACAAGAAUUACAGCGGUUCAGCAACUUUUACUUAUGAGGAUUUCAUGCUCACCGUUCUUCCCUUUCUUGUUGCAUAAUAUAGAAGGCGAGAAGUUAACUGGUUCUGUUUCUGGCUAUAGUUAGCAUGAUAUAUGUAAUCUGUCAUGUGUAAAACCUUUAAGCUAAUGCCUUGAUGUUUUCACUGUUUUCUGUUGACUUGCUCUUUUGUAGCAAAUGUAUAGUAUGAUAUGGAUUUAACUAUUAGCACUUAUGAGCGUUUGGUGUUUGUGCUUUUAUAAUCAGAUAUUCAGAUGGAUAAUCUAUAUAAGUUGGGUUACUUGAUCGAUCUGCUUUGC